AGGUGAGGUGCGUUUCCUCCCGCGUCCUGCUGCUCGUUUCGUUUCCCACCCGCUUUGCGCUGUGCAGGGGGCACCGUGACGCCAAAUAAAUUCGCUUUUACAUUCAGAAACCUUCAUUAAUAUUGUACAGGUGGAGUGAGAGUCAGUAACCAGCGGGAUGAGGGCGUUUUUGGUGUGUUUAAUCGUGUUCUGUGGUGUUGGGGUGUGUGUGGGUGACACACCCGCUAACUGCACUUAUGAGGAGUUACUGGGUACCUGGAUCUUCCAAAUUUCUAAUGUGGGUCAAGAUAAAAACAUCAACUGUUCCACCGCAGGUCCUGCUGUGAAAACCGUGACUGUAGAUCUGCAGAAGUUAUCUCAGGCCGUGGAUGAUCUGGGUAACACCGGAUUCUUCACCAUCAUCUAUAACCAGGGAUUUGAAGUGGUGCUGAAUGACUACAAGUGGUUCGCCUUCUUUAAGUACUCCCAGCAGGGAUCAGAGGUCACCAGUUACUGUGAUCAGACUCUCCCUGGUUGGGUUCAUGAUGUUCUGGGGAACAACUGGGCCUGUUUUACUGGGAAGAAAGUUCAACGUGUGGCUCCUAAAACAGUCUACAUCCCGGGGCCCGACCCAUUCCUGCAGUUCUAUAAGCAUGACGUGAGCUUUGUGGAGCGCAUUAACAGCGUACAGAACUCAUGGAGAGCGGCGGCGUACAGCGAGCACGAGACCUUCACCAUCCAGGAGCUCACACGGAGAGCCGGGGGGCGCCGCAGCUACACGUCCCGACGUGUUGGCACUUCUCCCGUUACCCCUGAACUUCUCAAGAUGGCGAGCGGUUUACCUGAGCAGUGGGACUGGAGAAAUGUGAACGGAGUCAAUUACGUCAGUCCAGUACGAAAUCAAGCCUCGUGCGGUAGCUGUUACUCGUUCGCCACCAUGGGGAUGCUGGAGUCUCGAAUCAGAGUCCAGACCAACAACACACAGACGCCCGUCUUCAGCCCUCAGCAGGUCGUCUCCUGCUCCCAGUACUCACAAGGUUGUGAUGGAGGCUUUCCGUACCUGAUCGGUAAAUACGUGCAGGAUUUCGGGGUGGUGGAGGAGGACUGUUUCCCCUACACGGGUGAAGACUCUCCGUGCUCCGUUCCCUCUAAGUGCCCCCGCUACUACGUCUCCGAUUACCACUACGUUGGCGGCUUCUACGGCGGCUGCAGCGAGGUGGCCAUGAUGGCCGAGCUGGUGAAGAAUGGCCCGAUGGGCGUGGCCUUUGAGGUGUACCCUGACUUCAUGAACUACAAGGGCGGGAUUUACCACCACACUGGCCUGCGCGACCCCAUGAACCCCUUCGAACUGACCAAUCACGCCGUGCUGCUGGUGGGAUACGGGCGGAGCCAGGAGACUGGUGAGAAGUACUGGAUCGUGAAGAACAGCUGGGGGACGGGGUGGGGCGAAGAUGGCUUCUUCCGAAUCCACCGCGGGACGGACGAGUGCUCCAUCGAGAGCAUCGCAGUGGCGGCCCGACCCGUCGCUCAGCUCUGAGGAGGGACGUGUGAGGUCACGCGGGAUGCAUGUGGGCGUCUGCAGCUCAGUCUGUGAUUGGCUGAUGAGAUUACGUGUGCUUUUGAUUUUUUGGGUUUUUUUAAUCAAAUAUUUUGCUCUGUUGAACAGGGCUGUGUUCCAAAUGACUCUAGAGACUAAGGGCUGUGUUCCAAAUGCCUCUAGAGAUUAAGGCAGCAGUAAAUCUCCCUCCCCUCACCAAGGCAUUUGGGUUCAGCCCAGAUGUUUUAGGCACCUUUUUGUCCCCUAUGUAGUAUGUAGUGGCCCUACUGCUGUCCGAAUGCGUACACCGUCCAGUACUGAACCUUGUGGGAUUCCUGUUUAAAAGAAAAGAUUUUAACCCAUUUCUAUGUAGUGCAUCGUGGCAUUUAGGACCCAGCCCUUAUGACUUCAAGGUCUGGAUACCACUGAUCAUGCAGGGGCCCGAGCGGCUGUUUGAAUCUCCUCUGGUGUUUAACGUUCUGAUUAUUAAUGAUGUUUACAGAUCAGGUCAAGUCUCCACCGUAGUGCCUCUCAGUUCAGUUUAAAAGGGAUUCAGUUCCACCCCCCCAAUUGGGUCAGUAAUGUUCCUGCACUGAGGUUUAAUUUCAUGUUUUUGUCGUUAUUGAUCAGGUCUUAUUUUUAAUCAGAGUCAUAUCCAUUGUAUAAUAAAGGCUUUUUAAACUGA